CCAGAGAAGCGCUUCCGCUCCGCACCGAACACACAGAUCCCGGUUUCACCGAAACAUCAUGACGGAUUAACGGCAGGUCAGCGCUCCAACACCAGCAGAGCAGAGUCCCGGAGCCCCGAGCAGCGUCCAGCCCGCCGGCGGCUUCAUUCUCGCGCUGACACACACGCAAACACGGCCGCAGCUUUUGUCCGCGCCGCUUUUGUCCGCCGUUUGUCCGGUUCCUGCCCGGUUUCUGUCUCCCGGAGCCCGGAGAUGACCGGAGGAAGAUGUCGGUGUCGGGACUGAAGGCCGAGCUCAAGUUUCUGGAGUCCAUUUUCGACCCACAUCACGAGCGCUUCAGGAUCAUCGACUGGAAACCGGACGAGCUGAGCUGCCAGUUUAACGUUACCGGAGAACAGCUGCUCAUCAUACACUGCAACAUCACGGAGUCGUACCCGUCGACGCCGCCCAUAUGGUUUGUGGAUUCGGAUGAUCCGAGUCUGACUGGAGUUCUGGAGCGUCUGGAGGACGUCAGGAGGGGAAGCACACUGCUCCUGCAGCAGCUGAAGAGGCUGAUCUGUGACCUGUGUCGCCUCUAUAAUCUCCCUCAGCAUCCGGAUGUGGAGUUGCUGGACCAGCCGCUGCCUUCAGGGCAGCUCGGCACAACAGAUGAGGUGACGUCAGAGGAGGAAGAGGAGGAGGACAUGGGAGAGGACAUUGAUCUGGAGCACUAUGAGAUGAAGGAGGAGCCGGUGGAGGGGAAGAAGUCUGAGGAUGAUGGGAUUGAGAAGGAGAAUCUGGCCAUCCUGGAGAAGAUCCGCAAGACCCAGCGGCAGGACCACCUCAAUGGAGCUGUGUCUGGAUCUGUUCAGGCGUCUGACCGCCUCAUGAAGGAGCUGAGAGAAAUCUACCGCUCUCAGAGCUAUAAAAACGGUAUCUACUCAGUGGAGCUGCUCAAUGACAGUCUGUAUGAGUGGCACAUCAAGCUGAGAACUGUGGAUCCUGACAGUCCAUUACACAGUGAUCUGCAGGUGCUGAAGGAGAAGGAGGGAAUGGACUACAUCCUCCUCAACUUCUCCUAUAAAGAUAAUUUCCCCUUCGAUCCUCCAUUUGUACGUGUGGUGUCUCCUGUUCUGUCUGGAGGGUAUGUACUGGGAGGAGGAGCUCUGUGUAUGGAACUACUUACUAAACAGGGCUGGAGCAGUGCCUAUUCCAUAGAGUCUGUCAUAAUGCAGAUCAACGCCACUUUAGUCAAAGGAAAAGCGAGAGUGCAGUUUGGAGCCAACAAGAAUCAGUACAAUCUUGCCAGAGCACAGCAGUCGUAUAAAUCACUGGUGCAAAUCCAUGAAAAGAACGGCUGGUACACACCACCGAAAGAAGACGGCUAAAUGCAGAGAUGGACAGAGUUUCUCCUUCUCCUCUGCUUUCUCUCCUCUUUUCUUCUGUCUCCAUCAUCUCUCCAUCAGCUGUGCAGAGAUCUGCCAUGUUUCUACACACACACACACACACACACACACAUACACCAGAUCCAGCAACAUCUGACUGCUUCUGUUCAUUCCUGAGUCCUGAACAUACACACACACACACACACACACAGACAGAGAGUCAGACUGAACUGCUGGAGUGUGUGUGGAUGAACAUCUCUCGUGUGUGUGUGUGUGUGUGUGUGUGUG